CAUCAAAGCAAACUCAUCGGCCGAAUCAUGUCUGUCCAGUCCGACGACCCCACACCGCCCUUCGAUCCAUCAAAGCCGUCCGUUCCCAUCUCCUACCCAAUCAAGACCCUUCAAGAACUUGACUCUCGCUCUUACUUCUCUUCUUUUCAUUACCCUUUUAACAAGUCAAGUGUUCCUCUCCGACCAAACUCAGCUUCGACUCAGAGGCCUAGGGUUUUGGUUUGCCAUGACAUGAAAGGCGGUUACCUGGACGACAAGUGGGUCCAGGGUGGAGAUAACGCCGAUGCCUAUGCCAUAUGGCACUGGUUUUUGAUGGAUGUUUUUGUUUAUUUCUCUCACUAUUUGGUCACCUUGCCUCCGCCUUGUUGGACCAACGCUGCUCACAGGCAUGGAGUUAAGGUAUUAGGGACGUUUAUCACCGGAGAUCCGGACGGGUAUGCUAUCUGCCACGAAAUGCUGUCGACCAAGGAGUCUGCUCACAAGUAUGCUGAGCGCUUGACAGAGCUUGCUGUUGCUUUGGGCUUUGAUGGCUGGCUGCUCAACAUAGAGAAUAACAUUGACGUCAACCAAAUCCCGAAUCUGAAAGAAUUUAUCAGCCAUUUAACUGAGACCAUGCACUCCUCGGUUCCUGGUUCAUUGGUUAUAUGGUAUGAUACCGUUGCAAUGGAUGGUUACAUUAGCUAUCAGAAUCAACUGAACGAAGUGAAUAAACCUUUCUUUGAUGUUUGUGAUGGAAUCUUUACCAACUAUUGGUGGCAGGAGGACUAUCCGGAGAAGUCCGCAAAGGUGGCCGGAGAUAGAAAGUUCGAUGUCUACAUGGGGAUCGACGUAUUCGGAAGGGGAACGUAUGGUGGGGGAGGAUGGCAUACAAAUGAUGCACUUGAUGCAAUAGUAAAGGGUGAUGUCUCGGCUGCCAUAUUUGCUCCCGGAUGGGUUUAUGAAACAAACCAGCCCCCAAACUUUCAGACUGCACAAAACCAUUGGUGGGGUCUGGUAGAGCAAUCGAUGGGAAAUGUUGUGCAGAAAUAUCCUGAUGCACUACCAUUCUUUUCGAACUUUGAUCAGGGCCGUAGUAAUCAUAUUUCCGCCGACGGAGUACUAGUGUCAAGCACUAAGUGGAAUAACAUUUCUUCACAAACCUUUCAGCCUUUCGUGGUGUAUGCAGAUGAUUCUACUCCGAAUACUAUUGAUGUUCUUGUGGAUUUCAUGGAAGCGUCCUUCGGCGGAGGAGGAAACCUCACCUUUCGAGGAACUCUCAAAGCCGAUGCCACGUUCUCGACUAGACUAUUUUUGGGACAAGUUGUUAUGGAUGGCUUGCCGGUUCACUUCACAUACUCUGUAAAAUCACAAGGUAACUCUGUAUUGGGGCUUUCUCUUACAUUCUCUUCGGAAGCGGGAGGAGAAACGACUUUGGUUGUUGCAUCCCGGGGAACGAACAGAUUCUCGAGCGAAUUUAGUGACAUGAUCGUGCCACAUCGACUUACAAAGCCAGACAAUGCUCUGGGAUGGGACAUAGAAGAGUUCACCAUUGCAAUGAACGGACACACUUUGAAAGAAAUCCGGGCUGUAUGCUUCACUGACCAGCCUGGAAACACGAAUCCGGUCGAAUACCUUGCGGUUCUCGGGCAUAUUAAGAUUUCAACUUCGGACAAGCCUACUGAGUUCCCUCCGUCUACUUCCUGGAUCGUCGACGGACAAUACAUCGAAUGGGGAGGUUCUCCAGGUUCCAAAACACUUAGUCUGAAAAUUAGUUGGAAACUGAAAGAUGGAAAGAACCCUCCUUACCAGACAUACAAUAUCUACGUCGAGAAACAACCGAAACAGUCGAUCCGAGCUCCGGGAAGAAAGGUUGAAGGUGAACGAGAGUACAUCGGAGUUGCACAUGUAGAAGCCUUCUAUGUAUCUCAACUUGCCAUCCCUUCAGGUACUUCCAGCCUCAAAUUUAUCAUUCAAGUGUGCGAUGUUGAUGGUGGUAGCCAGAAGCUCGAAGAUGCUCCAUUUUUUCAACUCAAUGUUUGAAGCUCAAUAAAGGGUGCCACUUUGGCUUACCUAUGAAUGUAAGCAGCUGUAUCCUUAUAAUAAACUAUAAAUAAAUGGCUUACCUAUGAAUGUAA